UUUUUCCCAUUGGCAUUUGUUUUUUUUUAAAUCUGAUUUUUUAAAACUGCCAUAAAAUCAUCUGAAGUUUAAAAAAAGGCUUGUUUUCAUGCUUUUGUCCUGGAGAAUCCUGUUUAAAAUUGAAAUCACCACCUACCUCAUUUCAUCUAUGCUUUCUUCACAUCCCAUUCCCUUUCCUUUGCUUCUGUCCCUUUCUCUUUUGUCUUUUCUGGCAGUCUCCCUCAUCUGCUCCCUCCUCACCCACCUUCCAAACACCACCUCCUUCUUCCCUUUCUCAGUAGCAGAAGAUGACUGCCAUGACAAUUCAAUGAGAGGAGAGGAUACCGCAUGAAGCACCCACCACUUGCUGAGAACAAGCAAAGGAGUGCCCAACAUAGAAAAAACAGAGACAACUAAAAAGAAAAGAGACUGUGAAGAAGUAGGAAGGGAGAUCAGAGGAAGUGGCAGUGAUAAGAGGGGAGGAGAAGGGGAGAGAAAGCGAAGGAUAAACGGUGGAUGGAGGCGGUUCGGACCGGGGUUACCAAGCUCUCUUCACUAACGAAGAAGAAGAACAGCAGCAGCAACAGAAGCAGCGGUAGGGGGGACAGAAGAUGGAGACGAAAGGGAGAAGCAUACCCUCAGACAUUAGCUUCCUUCCACGACCAGCGCUGGUUUGGUGCGAGCGAGGAAUCCAGGUGCUGUUGACCACUAUGGGGGCUUUCGCAGCGUUUUCCCUCAUGACGGUGGCCAUCGGCACAGAUUAUUGGCUGUAUGCCCGGGCAUUCAUCUGCAACAGUACUGCCAACUCCUCCCAGGAGGACUCAUCCGGCAACAAGGACAAGAAAGACCCAGGGGCUCUCACCCACUCUGGCCUCUGGAGGAUCUGCUGCCUGGAAGGCUUGAAGAGAGGUGUGUGUUCCCAGAUCAAUCAUUUUCCUGACGACGCAGACUAUGACCAAGAUGCUGCAGAGUAUCUGCUUCGUGUGGUUAGAGCUUCCAGUAUCUUUCCAAUCCUCAGUGCCAUAUUGCUCCUUUUGGGAGGAGUCUGCGUUGCUUCCAGUGGCUUCUAUAAGAGCAAAAGGAACAUUAUUCUCGGUGGAGGAAUCCUUUUUGUAGCAGCUGGGCUUAGCAACAUAAUUGGCGUAAUAGUGUACAUCUCAGCAGCCCUCAGCGACAUUUCUCCAAAGAAAGAUGAGGAUAAAAAGUGGCACUACUCCUAUGGCUGGUCCUUUUACUUUGGUGGUCUGUCCUUUAUCCUGGCGGAGAUGGUUGGAGUCCUGGCUGUUAACAUCUACAUCGAGAAGAACAAAGAGCUGCGUUGCCGCUCUCGUACUGACCUGUUCAAGAGCACCACCCAUGCCAUGCUGCGUCUGCCUAGCUACCGUUUCAGGCGACGCUCCCGCUCUAGCUCCCGGUCUACCGACCCGACUCGUUCACAGGAGACCUCACCUGUUGGAGCUUCCAAGACCUUCGCCCUUCCCCCGUCUGCUCCACCUUUCUCCGUUGCCACUCUGCCCAACCCACACCACACCAGCAGUGGUGGGAGUGGUGGGGGUGGGGAUAUCUCCAUGUAUACUCUUUCAAGGGACUCCAAGCUGGGCAGCCUGGGAGGAGGUGCCCCGCCUCUCUAUGGCACAGUGGACCGGGCCACGCUCUAUCAGCUUCACAAUUACUUCCCAAAAGAUUCCAGUGGCAGUGGUGGAGGAGCAGGAGGAGGAGCUGCGAUAAGCAGUGGUACACUCCCAUCUCACUCCAAGUCCAACCUAGCGGCGGCGGCAGCUGCUGCCAAUGCAGCGCCAUUGAAUACCUCCACCUCUGCUGCUGCAACAGCACAGUCAGCCCCAAUUUCAACAGCUACAAUGGAGCGAGACAGGGGAAACGUGGGAACCCUGGAUCGACUGACAGCCAAAAGGGACAGAGAUAGCAACUCUGAUACACUUAACAGGAAAACAACUCCUGUUUAAAAUGAAACCUCACAGAGAAGGGCUACAAAGUCCUGGAGAUGUUCAAAAAGGUAGGGCUUCAAACGGGUGGGCAACAUUUCAACAGUAAGGGUUAAUGUCCUUGAGUCUGGGAUAUCUAACUGCCAUAGAUACAAUAUAAAUGUAUCAUAAACAGUCAUAAAACACCUAAUACUGUGUGCACAUGUAUUACAACUGCCUUAAAACUACUGUGCAAUAUAAUAAUAACAUUUUUAAGUAAGUUUUCUCUAGUUUACCUUGAUCUCCUUUUGCUUUUCAUCCAAAGUAUUAUACAAAACGGCCAAUACAGCUAAACAGUACAGUUUUACCUUAAAUUUCCCCUGGUUUAAAUCUGUACUUUCCAAAGAGAAUUACUAAUUCAAUUGUCCCAUCCGGUUUUAAAAUGUUCACAAUAGUCCUGAAACACUCAGAAAUGACCAAUAAUAUGUGCCAAGAUGAUAAAAGCCAUAGUUUUUUCACAUAUCUGUUUCAAGGAACAUAAUGUCAUAAUUUUUGCCACGUGAAAAGCUUUUCAGCUUUUCAGGGACCAAUUCUAGAUCCUUAGUGGCUACUUGACCUCUGGUCCACAGAGUAUGACAUAAUUUAUUCAUAUCUGCCUUUUUUAAGAGUUUUAAGAAAAAAUCCACCGUUAAAUGAAAGUUACUGUAGGCCACAUGUGCAGAAAAUCUGAAGAACAGGGAUUAGGAAGGUGCUAUGGUGGCAUUAGAGUGUUUGAUGAUGGCCAAAACACAUACGGAAAAACCAAAAAUUCCCAUCAUUGUCCACAGAUUGAAGCAGUGUGGUCACAGAAUGAUGAUUAUUAA